UUUACACCCCCAAAGACCAACCCAACAGCAAAGUCUCUAUCUCAUUCCUCUCUCUCUCUCUCUCUCUCUCUCUCUCUCUCUCAUCAACCCCCAAAAAAACCCUACUUUCAUCAUCUUUUCCGCUCCUAAAAAAGACGAAGACCAUCCCUUUAUUCUCUUGCUUUUGGAUUGUUGUGUGCAAAGAUCUACAAAGAAACAAAAGAAAGGGGGGGAAAAAAAAUGUUUCAAGAACUGCUGGGAGGUGCUAAUUCACUCAUUGGAGGAGAGAGAAAACCCUCUCUCUCUAACCCUUUUGAGCCCUCCCCGUCUCCUUCUCCCUCCCCUUCUCCUUCCCCUUCUUCCUCCGCCGCCACCGCCACCCCAACCACCCCUGCCACCUCGGCACCGCCGGGGGUGGAGAACCAGAACCUCCGGUGCCCCCGGUGUGAUUCGUCCAACACGAAGUUCUGUUACUACAACAACUACAACCUCACCCAGCCGCGGCACUUCUGCAAGACGUGCCGCCGGUACUGGACCAAGGGCGGGGCCCUCCGUAACGUACCCAUCGGCGGCGGUUGCAGGAAAAACAAGAGUGUCGUCAGCGUAACGUCGGCCGCGAACGGGAAGUCGAGCGGCGGGGGAAGGUUUAUCAAGACGGUGUCGUCUGAGGGGGGAAAACCGGUCUUCGGUGGCGGGUUUGAGCAAGAGAUUCCGGUGAACCCGGCUUUGUGGGCCUCGCCGGCACAGAACUCUCAUCUGCUGGCUUUACUGAGAGCAACCCAGAGCCCAAACCCUAACCCUAGUCCGUUGUCGAAUUUUAUUGGGUCCAUGGGGGCAACAGAAGCUAUAAGUUCUUUCUGGAGAAACAACCAAAACCAAGCCCAACAAGCGCACCAAAAUCAUCAACAACAGCAACAGAUUGGGUUGGUACUAGCAGGUGAAGUUCAAAACAAUGGGAUUCAUGAAAUAUACCAAAGGCUCAGAUCAACAGCCAACUAUUAUCCUCAUGAUCACUCAUCACCACUGCUUUUCACUGCUUCCUCAUCUUCUUCCGCCGCGGUUUUGGAGUCGGCUCCGGUUUCUGCUGCAGCAGCUCAUGAAAUGGGUUACUGGAAUCCCACGCUUACCUGGUCUGAUCUACAACCAACUACUAAUGGUGCAUAUCCUUAAUUAAUUCCUGUUUUGUGUCUUUGAUUUGUGUUUUUCUUACUCCCUCCGUUCCAAAUUGUUUGUCCGGUUCGCAAAACGAUGACUCAAAAAUAAUGCACUUAUUUCAAGAAAAAAUUCAAACUUUUUUCAUAAAUUAAAAGAACUCAUCGAUAUCUAGUGAAUUGUUGAAAAAAUUUUGAUUUUUUCUUACAAAAAUUGUAUUAUUUUUACAUUUUCGUUUUGCGGACCGAACAAACAUUAUGGAACGGAGGGAGUACUUCAUAUGCUAGGGGUUUGGUGUGGUAACAGUGGUAUACUGGUCACCUAAAGGCUUGUAGAAUCAGGGUUUUUUUUCUUUUUUCUUUUUUUUUCGUUUCCCUCCUUUGUUUUCUGCAGUAGCCUUUCUUCAAUCAAGUAUGUGUGUGCUUUAAUUAAGGUGUGUUUGGUCUUGUGAGGUGUAGUGGUGGUGUAUUAUACCCAGACUGAGAAGUGUUUUCAAAUGGAUAAAGUUUAAGUUCA